GGUCUGCUGUAGUAACAUUAGUCCUGUCCUCUCUUCUGUUUGUUAUGUCUAGUGGUUCUGUUGGGUCUGCUGUAGUAACAUUAGUCCUGUGCUCUCUUCUGUUUGUUAUGUCUCGUACAGUGGAUCUGUUGGGCCUGCUGAAGUGGCGCUCCAACACCAGCCUGCUACAACAGAACCUCCGACAGCUGAUGAAGGUCGAGGGAGGAGAGGUCGUCAAGUUUCUGCAAGACACCCUUGAUGCCYUGUUUAACAUUAUGAUGGAGAACUCAGACAGCGACACGUUUGACACCCUGGUGUUUGAUUCCUUG